AUGUGUGAUUUUGCUGCAAAGCGUGUCAAUUUUUGUUGGGCAUGUGCAAUGCGUGAAGCUCGUUGGGCUAUCUUGAAUACUGUAAUAUCAGAAUCAUGGUACGAAGGAGAGGCCAAGAGAACAAAGAAGGUUGGCAUUGUUGGGAAAUACGGUACUCGUUAUGGUGCCAGUUUGAGAAAGCAAAUCAAGAAGAUGGAAGUUAGUCAGCACAGCAAGUACUUCUGUGAGUUCUGUGGGAAGUAUGCUGUGAAAAGGAAGGCAGUUGGCAUCUGGGGAUGCAAGGAUUGUGGGAAAGUGAAAGCUGGUGGUGCCUACACGUUGAACACUGCUAGUGCCGUGACUGUCAGGAGCACCAUUAGGAGGCUGCGGGAGCAGACAGAGAAUUAGAUUAAGCAAAGUUUUUAAUCAGAAUUGUCAUUUUUUUUUCCUUAAAUUUUUAGUUUCAACUUAUGGGGAACAUUUGUUUAAAUUGAAAGCCUUUGAAAUUGGUGUCGUUUGUAUUUCGUUACAGUAUGUUAAUGAAGUUCU